UCGCUCUUCUAAAACUUUUAAACCAAAGAAGAACAUUCCAGAGGGUUCUCACCAGUACGAGCUCUUAAAACAUGCAGAAGCCACACUUGGCAGUGGUAACCUCCGGAUGGCUGUCAUGCUUCCUGAGGGGGAAGAUCUAAACGAAUGGGUUGCAGUUAACACUGUGGAUUUCUUCAAUCAGAUCAACAUGCUUUAUGGAACUAUCACAGACUUCUGUACAGAAGAGAGUUGUCCAGUGAUGUCAGCUGGUCCAAAAUAUGAAUAUCAUUGGGCAGAUGGAACAAACAUAAAGAAGCCUAUUAAGUGCUCUGCGCCAAAGUAUAUUGAUUACCUGAUGACUUGGGUUCAGGACCAGUUGGAUGAUGAGACAUUAUUUCCAUCAAAAAUCGGUGCAGGAAAGUCAACAUUUUUGAAUAUCCUUAAACAAGUCUGUGAGGAUUGGGAAGCAGUUCUCGAACCUAUUGCCAGAUGGUGCAGUCUUCAGGGUACUGAAGAUGAAUUUGAGGAACUAACAACAUCUCAGAAAAAUGGAGGGAAUGUUCUUCAGAUGAUGUAUGAGAAACCUGAAAGAUGGUCUUUCACCUUCCAGACAUAUGCCUGUCUGAGUCGAAUACGAGCUCAGCUCACCUUUCUCAAUAGCAAACUCAAAGAUGCAGAGAAACCUGUAUUAUUUUUUGAACGAUCUGUGUAUAGUGACAGGUAUAUUUUCGCAUCUAAUUUGUAUGAAUCUGACUGCAUGAAUGAAACAGAGUGGACAAUUUAUCAAGACUGGCAUGACUGGAUGAAUAACCAGUUUGGCCAAAGCCUUGAAUUGGAUGGAAUCAUUUAUCUUCGAGCCACUCCAGAGAAAUGCUUAAAUAGAAUACAUUUACGAGGAAGAAUAGAAGAACAAGACAUUCCUCUUGAAUAUUUAGAGAAGCUUCAUUAUAAACAUGAAAGCUGGCUUCUACAUAGAACGCUGAAAACCAACUUUGAUUAUCUACAGGAGGUACCUAUCUUAACAUUGGAUGUUAAUGAAGACUUUAAAGACAAACAUGAAAAUCUGGUUGAAAAGGUCAAAGAAUUUGUGAGUACUUUGUGAUCUUGUUGAAGACUACAGGCAGCCAAAUGGUUCCAGAUAUUUCAGCUUUGUGUGUCUUCGAAGCUUCAUAUUCAUACAAGUCUCUUCAGAAAA